AUUGACCUGUGUGAAUCGAAACUCAGCUUCAACGAAAGGAGUUUGGUUGUGUACCGAAAUCCUGGUGGGAACUUCCCGCGAUGAUGCCCAUAGUGAAGAACUCAAAUCUUCACGAGAUCUCUCUCUUACAAACGUUACAACACGCUCCCGAUUGUACCGCUGUCUGUGAACUAUAUCCUCGAUCAGAGAGACAAGAGUGUGUCUUGUUUAUGUAAAGCACCAUGGCUCGAGCGAGAGUCCUCCUCUUCUUCUUUCUUUGGUCGAGUGCGUGGAUGGUGGAGGCAGUCAAGUUCUUGCCCGAACAAUACCCUGAAGAGAUCACGCUGGAAACAGGAAUUCUAAUCUCGGCUCCCUUUGCCAUGCUAGACGAGAGAGGCAAUAUCCAUGGUCUCAUGAUUGACUUGAUGGGAAGCCUCCAGCAGUUUGCCAAGGAAGACAGUGUCAUCCUGACCUUCCAGCAAUCGCUCGUCAAGGCGACGUACUUCGACGCUCUCAAACUGGUAGACACAACCGAAUGCGAGAAGAACACUACCGUAUGCAAAGACAAAAAGGACCUCCUCGUAGCAGACUACUACGGCAAUCCGGAGCGUCACGCUCAAGUGGAUUUUACGGCACCUUGGGCCCGUUCUUCCAUCUCUGCCAUGAAACUCAAAGAAGCAGAACCUGGUGCUGUAGAAAUCAACACUAUAGCUCAAGCCGACCAAUUGCGUGCACCUGUAUGCCUCUUGAGUGGAGCCUACAACAUGGACGUGGCUCGGCAAAAGUUCCCAAACCUCAACUAUUUGGAAUGCGGUGGAUAUCCGGACUUUUACAACGAUUGUAUAGCCAGGCUGAAAAAACGAGAAUGUUCCCUGUUUGUGGAUGACGAACUCUUAUUGCGCUAUCAUGCCAGCAAUGAUCCAACCUUGGAAGUGACAAACGAGCAAUUCAAUUUCCUCUAUUUACAUUGGCCCAUGAGAUAUGACUUGGAACCGGUAGUCUCAUUUCUGUUGAAAAAGUGGGUGUUUCAUGCGAUUGUGAACGCCACUCUGGAUCAGCUGUACUUUCAGUACUUGUCACCGUGGGGGUCGCUUUGUACCUUGGGCACGGCUGGCAAGCACUGUGAAAGGCCAUGUGAUAGACAGCACGGAAAAGCCAAUGCGUUUGGAGACUGCGUUUGCAAGUCUAUCCGCUGGACCGGCGAUGAUUGCUCGAUUGAAGUCCCAGAAGAUGUCAACUUGAUUCCUCGGUCCCUCAAAGCCAUCGCAUACGUCAUGGUUGCCCUCAACCUGCUGGUCAUUGCCAUCUGUGCGGCAUGGUUGGUUUGGCAACGAAAGAGUGCUCAAGUUCGCGCGAGUCAGCCGUGCUUCUUGAUGUUGGUACUCUUAGGAUGCAUGAUUAGCUCAUCUACAAUCUUGGCCAUGGCCCGGGAGGACGAUGUGGAUGCUUCGAGAACAGACGACAACGACGACAUCGACACGGUGCAGUGCAUGUGGAUACCGUGGCUGUACUCCGUUGGGUUCUCGGUUACAUUUGGUACCCUGUUCGCCAAGAUUAGGCGAGUCUAUGUUACCUUUCUCCAGCUUUCGAAAGAGAAUGUGGUUGUAUCUUCCUCCCCGACCGGAAGGAACUCUGCCGUCACUUGGCAAGAGACGCUUUUAAUCAUUGGGAUGGUGCUCAUGGUAGAUGUAGCAAUUUUGGUUGCUUGGACAAUCACAGAUCCAUUGGUCUGGCAUCGAGAGGUCAUACGGUCGGAUCAGUUUGGGGCGCCCAUGGAAUCCUUGGGCUAUUGUAUCAGCGACUCAUGGAAAGCCUGGGGCGCUGCUAUGGGUGCUUUGCAUCUCAGCCUUCUUGGUGUAGCUUGCUAUAUGUCCUACCGGGCCAGAGAUAUCCCGACCAUGUACCAGGAGGGGAAGUUUGUUUCCAUUGCCAUGAUAUCCAACCUCCAGAUCUUUGUUGUAGGAGUUCCAAUCCUCAUCAUCGUGGGAAACGAUCCACAGACUGCCUUCUUUGUUCGCAGUGUCAUUAUAUGGAUGAAUGACUUGGCCGUGUUGGUUUGCAUAUUCGGGAACCUAAUAUACAGCACGUACACGGCUCCGCCGGUAGCUACCGGUAGCACUGCCUUGAUCAAGGAUGAAGUGACAAAGGCAGUGACAGUCUAUGCUGAAAGAAUGCGAAGGAAGUCAUUUAGCAACAACACCCCUCCGAGCCCUGUGAAUCCGCCCAAACCAAUGAUAGGGGGAGAUGCAGAUCCUGAAAUCCAGAGCCCACCAGAGGACGAGGAGUCCAGCCAGAACGAGGUUGGAAAUGUAUGCCCAGCCUGUUUGUCGACGAACGAAAUUGGAGCUGGAAAAUCAAAGAGACCACUUUUGGUGCCUGCUGCGAGACGAGACCUUGUGUCGUCACUCACAAUGAUCUCUGAGGUUCCUGAACUCCUCUUUCAACCCGAAGAACGAGACAAUAUGAUAUCGUCAUUGUCCGCGGGAUCGUCGCAAACGGAGAAAAAGCUCUCCAGGGGUGUGGGUUUUCACAUGCCACACUUCUCCGAAGGGGAUGACGAAGAUGACGAGGAGACGCUUCCCUCUUUCCCUGGUGAUCGCAGACAGCACUUAUUUGCCGUUUGGGAAGGAGUACGGCGUCGUCACAGUCACGAUUCAGCCUCCUUGGCAAGCUUUAGCGUAUGUGAUUCUCGAGCAUCUCCUCCACGGCACCAUCCCGGCAUUGCAGCAUGGCAAACUGCUCGACAGCAACGAGAUAACGACUCAGCGACAAGGUCUGCUGGUAGUUGCGACUCGACAGCCAACGUCACUCCAUCUUCCCACACCGGUUCGUCAAAUCCUCCAUAUCGGCGUCGUCGCAGCUUUGAUUCCGCCUGCCUUGCCAGGAUCGACUCUAUAUCAGGAGUAACACAACCACGACGUUACUACGGAAAAGCCGAAACCGAUUCACUUGCGUCAUCGUCUGUGGGUCCGCCCCGCCACCCUGGAAUUGCUGCAACAAGGCACCACGUUAUUGCCGCGCAAGCUGCAAGACAACACCACAAUGAUGCACUUUCAAGCCCCCAAAAGAGCCUGAACUCUGAAGGGCCUUCAGUGAAUCAGUCCGCGGAAGGGCUUGAUGCAAGUGCUGAAAGGUUUCAGAGUGGACGUCGCUCUUCUCUAGUGCCUCCAAGCGCUCCGAGUCGACCCUUGCAUCUGUCUAGUGUCGACGACGAAACAUCCCUUGACUCGGAAGUUCAGGAAACGAUCACUGUGGGAGAGAGACCAGGAGUGGUUCUGCCGCCUUUGCCAACACUCGGAAUUACAAAGGCUGCUUCCCAAAAGACAGUUCCAGACAAAACACACUUAUGCAUAAAGAAUCGGCCCCCAAGGCUCCCCAAACGAAUGUUGUCGUCGCCAGAAGGAUCUCUUGGAAGCAACAAGCCAGCGUCUGGGCAGCCAGUGCCAGACCAGACUUCCUUGAGGCACGCUGUUGCGUUCCUAAAUCAGCCCCCGGAGCUUCCUGAAAGGAUGGUGUCAUUGGCAGAUGGAUCACUUGGAAGUAUAACUUAAGUAUAGAAUGAAGCCAACUCCCAGAUCGAAUUAUUCUACAAGGUCCUUGCUUUUUGCAUGUUAAAGAUUUGUGCACAAACAUUCUUCACAGCAAAAAGAUCCCGUACUCUUGAAAGCCACAUUUUAGUUGCAUUUUCCAACCAUUCUCCACCCAAUUCCUGGGUUGUACGGCAUUGAACAAUGCUUUGUUCCGUGGUACUAGCAGUGCUGUCGUAGUGCGGUCAAACCGUGGCUGAUUGUUACGUUUUGAAUUUUGGACAAAAAACCAAAUGUAACGGUUGUUUCCACCAACAAAAAUUGAAGCUCAUGAUCUGAAUGAGGCAUACUCAAUGACCACAUUAUCGGGGGUGUAUUCAGGGUCGAAAUGACUUGGCCGGGAACAAAAUUUCACGAUGCUUCUUUCUCUUCUUCUGCAACUUUGUGGCUCCUCCGAGUGGUGGGGAGCACAUCUCUUCCAUUGAGCAGGUAAACCACGGCUUCCUUUCCAUAGCAAGGUUUUCCUCCUAUCCCGUUGGCGGCAUCUUGGUCUCGGUUUCUAUCCCACAGCGGAAAUGCCGACCGUUGAGGUGCUCCAAACUAAAUCUUGCACUCUUCAUUCAUCGCUUUCCAAAGGUCAAAGGUUGGCGGAACACUAAGAUAAUUAAUUGAUAUUAUCUCAUGACAAGGGAUACAUUAUUGUAUGCAUUAUCUGUUUGAGCAAGGUUUGGGGCUGGCACACAGAGAUCCGGUGUUUGGUGUUUAGUUUUUGGUUUUUGGCCAACCAGCAAAACAGACAGUUGCUGGACAAAGAUCCACGGUCACGACCACAAACUGGUAUCUUAUCUUGUGGCACCCAGUUUCGUCAACAAGUACACGUUAGCCUUAACGUUAAGAUAUACUGAUACAUUAUCCAGGGCCUUACGUGUAUGCAUACCGGUACAUGGGAUCGUCAUCGAAGACGGGCGCCUUAUCACCUGUGGACCUAUCCCAGGAAUUGGUUUGCAAUGAAUCGAAUCGAAUCUACAUGUAUACAAAUUGGAUGAGCAAUAAUGAUCUCUCUUCCCAGAAGGCUUCAAUUUGAUUGAGAUUCCUCGUCAACUCAAGUUGCGCGCUCCUCGAGCUCGUCUGCUUGGGACAUAGUACGUGUACCCGAGUGCCUCUAUUGGACAAGGCAGGUAUCGGUUUGCGUGCCUUUAGCUGCAACAAUUUUAAUUACAAUACUGCCUUUCGUACGAUCA